AUACGUUGAAGAAAGAGAAGACGGAAAGAUGAAUGAGAAUGGAAGAUGUAAGCUUAGGGUUAGUAAUAUAUAUAUUCGGGUACUUCGGGUAAUUGGUUCGGGUAUCGGAUAUAACCAAUCGGGUACGGAUAUCCGGACUGGUUGAAUCCUAAACCUGUUCGGGUUUUUUUAAACUUCGGUUCGGUUUUCGGUUUGAAUUUUUUGGAUCGGUUCGGAUUUGGGUUUCGGUUAAUAUGCCCACGCCUAGACAGACAUAAGGUAUUAUUAUUAUGUUGCUCAAAAAAGAAAAAGAAGGUAUUAUUAUAUAGCUCGAUACAUACCUGUUAUAAAUUUCCGACAUGGAGCCAAAACAAAACCAUAUUAAAAGUGCUUUCACAUGAUCCAAAGCCCAAAGUAAAAUUAAAAAUCACUGACACAUGACCGUUUCUCUGUAAACUUUAUGAUUGCGUCAUGUUUCAAAAAAGAAAUAUCUCUCAUUUUUAGAACUUCAGCUCACAAAAAUAUCGAAGCAUUCCGUGUUCAGCUUUUCCCAUUAGAUUCAGGUGUAAAAGAAACAAGACAGAGAAGCCAAAAACGAAUUCUUUUUAUUGUGCGAUGCCUCCGACGAAUGAUAACAGAAUCUACGGCGAGACACCGUAUACCUCGGCGUCUCCACCACCACCACCGCCAAAGCCCAAAACGAAAAUUCUCUCUCUCUUCCUCGUAGGCGCUAUCAUGAUAUCAGUAUUCUUUCUCUUCCUCCUCCUUCUCAGCAUCGCAUCUCUUCUUCUUCUCCCUUUCCUCAUCUCCUCUCUCCAUCGCCACCUACGACGUCGCCGACGUAACCGCCGCCACGUAUUCUCUGAUGGUUUAUCUUCAAGAUUCGUUAAAAAGCUUCCAGAAUUCAAAUUCUACGAACCCACCACAAGGUACGGAAGCGAUUGCGUGGUUUGUCUUGAUGGGUUCAGACAGGGACAAUGGUGUCGGAACCUUCCCGGCUGCGGACACGUGUUCCAUCGGAAGUGUGUGGACACUUGGUUGCUCAAAGCCGCGACUUGUCCUGUUUGCAGAGCUAGGGUUAGUGUUGUUUCCAUAUCCGGUAUGAUGUAAUAUUUAUAAAUGAUGUAAAGGGGUGGAGAUUUUCGUAUUAAUAGUCAAGAAUAAACAAGCUCGGUCAAUUACAAGAACUAAAGAUGCUCGUUUAAACAGUUCGUCUAAACAAGUAUCUUUCUAUUUUAUGGUCUGAGGUCGUCUGGACGUGGUCGAGAUCGUCCAACACUUUGUCUAUGAUGAAGAGGCGAUGCUCUCAUUUUCUGUACUUUCUGUACGUUUCUGGCUGUCCUUUCAAUGAGUCUGACGUCUUCUAUUUAUAGUGACGUACGUUUUGUCUUCUAGCGAAAUCAUCAAUUGUUGUUUAACUGGUCGGGCCUGAUUUUGGGCUUAGCUCUUAAUGGACCUGUGCUAAGCUCAUCUCCAACAAUUGUCUCCCCCCCCACAGUUUGC